UCCGGUCUUCGUAAGAAGGUCAAGGUCUUCCAGAAGGAGCACUACUCAGAAUCUUUCGUUACCAGCAUUCUUCUGUCCAUCCCCGAGGGUGUCAAGGACUCCACCCUUGUCAUUGGUGGUGACGGUCGUUACUGGAACCCCGAGGUCACCCAGACCAUUGCAAAGAUUGGUGCUGCAUACGGUGUCAAGAAGCUCAUCAUCGGCCAGAACGGCAUUCUCAGCACUCCCGCCGCUUCUCAUAUCAUCCGCAUCCGCAAGGCCACUGGUGGUAUCUUGUUGACCGCCUCGCACAACCCUGGUGCUAAUACUCCUCCCANGGACUUCGGUAUCAAGUACAACCUUGCCAACGGUGCUCCCGCUCCCGAGAGCGUCACCAACAAGAUCUUCGACACCUCCAAGACCCUCACCGAGUACAAGAUUUCCGACAUUCCCGAUGUCGACCUUAGCUCCAUUGGCUCAAAGACCUACGGCGACCUCGAGGUCGAGAUCAUCCACUCGACUGAGGACUACGUCAAGAUGCUCAAGGACAUUUUCGACUUUGACCUGAUCAAGGCUUUCCUCAAGGAGCACCCCGACUUCAAGAUCCUCUUCGACGGCUUGAGCGGUGUUACUGGCAACUACGGUAUCGAUGUCUUCGAGAAGGAGCUCGGCCAGAAGGGUUCCACUCAGAACUGUGUCCCCAAGCCUGACUUCGGUGGCCACCACCCCGACCCCAACCUCGUCUACGCUCACAGCUUGGUUGAGGCUGUCGAGAAGAACAACAUUCACUUUGGUGCUGCUUCUGACGGUGACGGUGACCGUAACAUGAUCUACGGAAAGGGCGCUUUCGUCUCCCCUGGUGACUCGCUCGCCAUCAUUGCUCACCACGCCGAGCUGAUCCCUUACUUCAAGAAGCAGGGUGUCUACGGUCUUGCCCGCUCCAUGCCCACUUCAGGUGCCAUUGACCUUGUCGCCAAGAAGAAGGGUCUUGAGUCGUACGAGGUUCCGACUGGCUGGAAGUUCUUCUGUGGUCUGUUCGAUGCCGACAAGAUGAACAUCUGUGGUGAGGAGUCUUUCGGUACUGGUUCCAACCACGUCCGUGAGAAGGAUGGUCUCUGGGCUGUUGUUGCAUGGCUCAACAUCAUCGCUGGUGUUGGUCAGCAGAAGGGCGAGACCCCCAGCAUCAAGUCUAUCCAGCAGGACUUCUGGAAGAUCUACGGUCGUACUUUCUUCACCCGUUAUGAUUACGAGGGCUGCGAGUCCGAGGGUGCCAACAAGAUGACCGCUCACAUGAAGGAGCUCAUCACCACCAAGAAGGACGAGUUUGUCGGAUCCACCAUUUCUGGCCGCAAGGUUCUCGAGGCCGACGACUUCAGCUACACCGACCUCGAUGGCAGCGUCAGCAAGAACCAGGGUAUCUACGUCAAGUUCGACGAUGGCAGCAGAAUCGUUGUCCGUCUGUCGGGCACUGGUUCCAGCGGUGCCACCAUCCGUCUUUACGUCGAGAAGCACGAUGCCGACGAGAAGACCUACGAGAUGGACGCACAAGACUACCUCAAGGACAACGUCAAGCUUGCCACCGACCUUCUCAAGUUGCAGGAGUUCAUUGGCCGUACCGAGCCUGAUGUCAAGACC